AUGGUUGAACUAAUGAGCCAGAAAACAAGUGCAGGUGAUAUCUUUAAGGCGAAGGCGGAGGCGGAGGCAAAGGCGAAGGCGAAGGCGAAGGCGAAGGCGAAGGCGAAGGCGAAGGCGAAGGCGAAGGCGAAGGCGAAGGCGAAGGCGAAGGCGAAGGCGAAGGCGAAGGCGAAGGCGAAGGCGAAGGCGAAGGCGAAGGCGAAGGCGAAGGCUAGAUAUAGAGAUAGAGAUAGAGAUAGAGAUAGAGAUAGAGAUAGAGAUAGAGAUAGAGAUAGAGAUAGAGAUAGAGAUAGAGAUAGAGAUAGAGAUAGAGAUAGAGAUAGAGAUAGAGAUAGAGAUAGAGAUAGAGAUAGAGAUAGAGAUAGAGACAGAGACAGAGACAGAGACAGAGACAGAGACAGAGACAGAGACAGAGACAGAGACAGAGAUAGAGAUAGAGAUAGAGAUAGAGAUAGAGAUAGAGAUAGAGAUAGAGAUAGAGAUAGAGAUAGAGAUAGAGAUAGAGAUAGAGAUAGAGAUAGAGAUAGAGAUAGAGAUAGAGAUAGAGAUAGAGAUAGAGAUAGAGAUAGAGAUAGAGAUAGAGAUAGAGAUAGAGAUAGAGAUAGAGAUAGAGAUAGAGAUAGAGAUAGAGAUAGAGAUAGAGAUAGAGAUAGAGAUAGAGAUUAUUGCUGUAUUUGA